GUCAUUGAUCUGGGUGGCGAGGCAAUUAAAAGUAGUGAGUACUUUGGAAAUGGUCGUGUGACAGAAUUCAAGUAUGGAGCAAAACUGGGCACAGUUAUCCGCAAGUGGAGUGGAGAGAAGAUGGCCUAUUUAAAGAACUGGGGAGAAGGCUGGGGUUUUGUGCCUUCUGAUAGAGCCCUUGUAUUUGUGGACAACCAUGAUAAUCAGCGAGGACAUGGGGCUGGAGGAUCAUCCAUCCUGACCUUCUGGGAUGCUAGAAUGUAUAAAAUGGCAGUUGGAUUUAUGUUGGCUCAUCCUUAUGGAUUUACGCGAGUAAUGUCAAGUUACCGUUGGACAAGAAAGUUCCAGAAUGGAAAA